AUGUCGGCGACACCUCUGUUCAGGGAUCGGACUGUGCGGGCAGUUACCUCAGACACCUACAAUCUCAUGCAGAGCUCGGUGGCCAUGCUCGCGCUGGCGUCGCUGUCCAUCCUUGUCGUCAUGCACCACCGCCGGAACGGGCAGUUCCUCACGCAGACGCAAGAGGAGAUCAUCCUCAUCGCCGCCUUCGGGUUCUUCUGGCUAGGUCAGUCAUGGGGAACUUGCGCCGAUUCCGAGUACGUCUCAGGCAAGGAGAGCGAGCGCCGUGCCGGAAGAAGGGAGCAAGGUUUCACGAGUACGCGGAGAUACGGAUGCAGGGACGAUUCGUGGUAUUGCGUGGUCGAAGAGUAUUCGUGGUACUGA